UUGACCUGUCGCUCCUCGCAGGAAGUACACUGUGUGACUGUGUGAUUGUGUGUGUGUGUGUGUGUGUGAGAGUGUGUGUCUCUCUGUGUGAGUGUGUGUGCGUUAGUGUGUAUGUGUGUGUGUGUGUGUUUUUGUGUCUCUGUGAGUGUGUGUACGUGUAUGUGUGUGAGUGUGUGCGUGUGUCUGUGUCUCUGUGUGAGUGUGUGUGUGAGUGUCUUUGUGUGCGUGUGUCUCUCUGUGUCAGUGUGUGUGUGUGUGUGUGUGUGUGUUUUCGUGUCUCUGUGAGUGUGUACGUGUAUGUGUGUGAGUGUGUGCUUGUGUCUCUCUGUGUGAGUGUGUGUGUGAGUGUCUUUGUGUGCAUGUGUGUCUCUCUGUCAGUGUGUAUGUGUGUGCGUGUGUCUGUGUCUCUCUGUGUGAGUGUGUGUGUGAGUGUCUUUGUGUGCAUGUGUGUCUCUGUGUCAGUAUGUGUGUGAGUGUGUGUGUGUGUUUUCGUGUCUCUGUGAGUGUGUGUGUACGUGUAUGUGUGUGAGUGUGCGUGUGUGUGAGUGUCUUUGUGUGCGUGUGUGUCUCUGUGUCAGUAUGUGUGUGAGUGUGUGUGUGUGUGUGUGUUUUCGUGUCUGUGAGAGUGUGUGUGUGUCUGUCUCUCUGUGUGAGUGUGUGUGUGAGUGUCUUUGUGUGCGUGUGUGUCUCUCUGUGUCAGUGUGUAUGUGUGUGCGUGUGUCUGUGUCUCUCUGUGAGUGUGUGUGUGAGUGUCUUUGUGUGCGUUUGUGUCUCUCUGUGUCAGUGUGUGUGUGUGUGUGUGUGUGUGUGUGAGAGAAGGGAAGGAAAUGAGGAAUGAAGUGGAGGACACAUGAAUAAUGAAGUGUUUAUGAAUUAAAAAUGUUGCACCUCCACGUGUGUGUCCGUCCUUUUUCUCUCCACGCGUGUGCGUGAUACGUGACGCGGCGCCGCGCUGGACGGGCGCCGCUCGCUGUGUUUCCAUGGCGACCGCAAGAGUUGGCGCUCGCAGCAAGGUGUGGAGGAACCGUCCAGAUAACCCCGAAGGUCAGCUGACGACUCAGAAUCUUUGAGGUUUUUUAAUUUACAAAAACCAGCGGGAGCACAUCCCCGUCUGAGGCUCGCCGGAGCAGAGACGACCCGGAACGCCAUGAACUGAAAACAUCAUCAACAAAUUAAAAAACUUGAUCCAUUUCUUCCGGCCGCAGAGUCCACGGUGCCAGACAUCGGCAGCGGGCUCCAGAAAACUUCCUGCCAAGAGGAGACCGAAGCUGUGACGUCAGCUGGAGACCUGGCACGGCGCCCCCUAGGGCGGGGAGGCCGCCACUACAACCUGUUCUGACAUGCCGCCUCCCACGGGGCCCAGGAGGAGGUCCGCACCGCGUCUCAGUCUGAUCCCAGGGCUCCGAUGACGACGCCCCCGAUGACGCAACGCUGACGGCGGACCAAUCGGAGCAUCGCUCGCCAUCCUCCAGCGUCUUCUAGACAGGAGCGUGGAACACGAAGAAAACUGACUUGGGACCAGCACUGGUGCUCCUCCUCCUCCUCCUCCUCUCUUCAUCCUUCCCUAAGCCCCGCCUCCUAGACGCCCCGGUCAUGCGUGCCCUCGCUCCCCCCGGCCAGGGGAACUCGCUCCUCCUCCUGCUCCUCCUCUCGGGGCUGCUGCUGCUCCCCUCCGCCUCCGGAGGCCGCCCGCCGCCCAACAACGAGUUCUCCCCCGCCGAGUCGGGCCUCACGCACCUCGCCGUCCACAACAAAAGCGGCGAGGUCUACGUGGGCGCCGUCAACUGGAUCUUCAAGCUGUCGAGCAACCUCACCAAGCUGCGCAGCCACAUGACGGGCCCGGUGGCGGACAACGAGAAGUGCUACCCGCCGCCCAGCGUCCAGUCCUGCCCCCACACCCUCGCCGUGACCCCCAACGUCAACAAGCUGCUCCUGGUGGACUACGCCCACAACCGCCUCCUCGCCUGCGGCAGCGCCUCGCAGGGCAUCUGCCAGUUCCUGCGCCUGGACGACCUCUUCAAGCUGGGCGAGCCGCACCACCGCAAGGAGCACUACCUGUCCAGCGUGGCCGAGUCGGGCACCAUGUCCGGCGUCAUCAUAAGCUCCGCCCACGGCUCCGCCAGCAAGCUGUUCAUCGGCACGCCCAUCGACGGCAAGUCCGAGUACUUCCCCACGCUGUCCAGCCGCAAGCUGACGGCGAACGAGGAGAACGCCGACAUGUUCGGCUUCGUGUACCAGGACGAGUUUGUGUCGUCGCAGCUGAAGAUCCCGUCGGACACGCUGUCCAAGUUCCCGGCGUUCGACAUCUACUACGUGUACAGCUUCAGCAGCGAGCAGUUCGUCUACUACCUGACGGUGCAGCUGGACACGCAGCUGACCUCGCCCGACGCCAGCGGCGAGCAGUUCUUCACCUCCAAGAUCGUGCGGCUGUGCGUGGACGACCCCAAGUUCUACUCCUACGUGGAGUUCCCCAUCGGCUGCACCAAGGACGGCGUGGAGUACCGCCUGGUCCAGGACGCCUUCCUGGCGCGGCCGGGCCGCCGGCUCGCCGACUCGCUGGGCGUCGCGGAGGACGAGGACAUCCUGUUCACGGUGUUCUCCCAGGGCCAGAAGAACCGCGCCAAGCCGCCCAAGGAGUCGGCGCUGUGCCUGUUCACACUCAGGAAGAUCAAAGAGAAGAUCAAAGAGAGGAUCCAGUCGUGCUACAAGGGCCACGGGAAGCUGUCGUUGCCAUGGCUGCUCAACAAGGAGCUCGCCUGCAUCAACUCGCCGCUGCAGAUCGACGACGACUUCUGCGGCCAGGACUUCAACCAGCCACUAGGGGGCACCAGCUCCAUCGAGGGCACGCCGCUCUUCAUCGACAAGGACGACGGCAUGACGGCGGUGGCGGCGUACGACUACCGCGGCCACACCGUGGCGUUCGUCGGCACGCGCAACGGCAAACUGAAGAAGGUGAGGCGCCGGUUGAGUCCUCCUCUUUUAGGGCCUGUCCCUUUAAGAGAGGCGCGGAGCCGCUCUCUGGCUCCGCCCCCUCAACAUCGACCAGUCACGUGACGCGUUGUUUCCCGACGCCGCUCGCCGUCGAUCGGCCCGUGACUGGCCUGGUAAGCCGUGUGGGGGCGGGGCUUCGGGGCUGACGGACCAGUCGGUCUCCGUGGUCGUCUUCAACGAGGAGGCGGCCUUGUUGAGACGUGUUCCCCCUGCAAUGUUUUCUUUUGACCAGCGCAAAGCAUUCUGGGUAAAAAAAAAGA